AUGAACGUUGAGCCCCUUUCUUCCUCCGCUGUCGCCACCGUCCUAAACUACAUAUGUCCUCUCAAUGCAUCUCUUCCUCCCCAUAUCCUGUCAAAGCCCCUGCUGCAACGCCACCAUUUUUUGCAUCUGACUCCGGACAAUCCUCUUCAUUAUCUCGCAUGGCCUCCUCACGACGACGACCUUCUAGACCACCUCGACAUCUCAGAACAAGCUUCUUCUUUUUCUGUUCGCUACUCAGCUGACAAUCAAUAUAUCAUUGCCCACGCUCGUGUUACUCCUCAAUCAUCCCAUCAUCCCGGCAUCCGUCUAGUAUUUCUAUGGGAUCCGGAACAGUCAUCUUGGCAGUACCACAAUCUGGCACCCAUGCCCUUUCCAAAGGAUUCACAUUCUGCUCUUUCUGAUGCCAUUGCCAUACACCAGUCUUCUUGCGAUUUUCUUCCCGAUUCCCUGAAUGUGGUCGUGGAUGGCGACGACAACGAUAAUUCGUACUGGAACUCCUAUUCUCAGAAGGGUGACGACUCGCCCCCGGCUUUGGAUACGAAGCCUGGCCAUCACCUAAACUCGGAAGAUGCUUACUGGGCUCAAUAUGCAACAGUCCAAGGUUCAGGAGACUCUACUUUCCCUUCUCCCCUCCCCAAUAAGCAAACAUUCUCUCAAGGGGACGGCGGCACCAAUCGACGUGUCAUCGUUGCCUGUAACGAGCUUCAACAGAACGCGGCUGAACUUUAUAACCCCCUCAAUCCUCCGUCUCCUAAUUCCCUUUCCCGUCGAUUGACCCUGGUCUCAUCAAGACCUGAUCCCCCCCAAUUGCUCGACGACUCCCCACCAUCCGACUCAGACACCCCCUCUCCUCACGCGCCCUCCACUGAAGUCGAAAUCACGCCCAACCCACAAACCGUUACUGCUGAAUUGCAAGAAGCCCUGCGCGACAGUAUCAAGGGUAUCUACGGUCUGUGGUUCGCAGGACAACAGGGAAAGAACACGGAUGAGGCUCGAGGCCUGUUUUUGACUCUCGUUCGGCAAGCCUUGGAUGAAUCUGCGAUUUGA